GACGAUGAAGAGAAAAAGGGACUUGGACACAGGAACAUCGUCGUCGACGGGUGAAGGUAGGGAGUCUCUGGGAGCUGAAUAUGAGGUGUUCUUGAAUUUCAGAGGGCCGGACACUCGCCUCAAUUUCACCGAUUUCCUCUAUCACUUCUUGGAUGGAGCUGGGAUUCGCGUCUUCAUAGAUGACGAAGAGAUCCGAAAAGGCGAAAAGAUUGCAGGUGAGCUGCUACGUGCAAUCAAUGGUUCCAGAAUUUACGUGCCCAUAUUCUCCAGAGACUAUGCAUCUAGUGCAUGGUGUCUUCGCGAGCUCGCCCACAUGGUGGAAUGCUCGAGAAGAUCAACAGACAAAGUGAUUCUUCCCAUUUUCUUCGACGUCGAUCCCCAAGAUGUCAAGCUCAGAACUGGACUAUACGUUGAUGCCUUGAAAAGGCAUAAGGACAGGUUCGGCUCCGAUGAAGUGCAACAGUGGAAAGGGGCUCUAACAGAGGUCGCUGCGAUCAAAGGAUGGCACUGCAAAGAUAGAUGCCAAGGGGAACUCAUAAAACUUAUUACCGAUGAGGUUUUAAGGAAACUGCCGAGAGGAGUUCAAAUAGUGCCUGAUCAUUUGGUUGGAAUCGAUGUUCAUGUGCGAGCCGUGAUGAAUUUGUUAGGCGCAGACUCUCUUGAUGUACGUUUUGUCGUAAUACAUGGCAUGGGCGGAAUCGGUAAGACAACUCUCGCCAAAGUUGUUUUCAACCGAAUUGCUUCGCUAUUUGAAGGUUGCAGUUUCCUCUCAGACGUUGCAGAAUUUUCACAGCAGGGUAAAAUUGUGAAAUUGCAAAAUCGGCUAUUGUCUGACAUCCUCAAGUGUAAAUCCAUAAAGGUUCAUGAUACCGACUCCGGGAUCAAUAUGAUUAGAGGAAGAUGUGGCCACAAAAAAGUUCUUAUUGUUCUUGAUAAUUUGAAUAAAAGGGACCAGCUUGUGAAGCUAGCAGAAAAGUGCAAUUGGUUCGGUCAAGGAAGUAGAAUUAUGGUGACAACUAGGGACAUCAGUUUUUUGAAAAUUAGCAAGAAUAAUGCCUCACUGCAUCCUAAAGUAUGUCACUUCUACAAAAUGGAGGAGAUGCGUCAUUCUGAAGCUAUUCAACUUUUCAGUAGAUAUGCAUUUGAGAGCGAUGCUCCUCCACGUGAAUAUGAUAGAGUAACAAGAGAAAUUGUGGAAAUCACUGGUGGACUUCCAUUGGCUCUUGUAGUCAUCGGAUCCUCACUUUACUACGAGAGCAAAGAAGUAUGGGACGAUGUAUCAGCCAAGCUGAAGAAAAUGCCUCCCAAAGAAGUUCAGGACAUAUUGCAAAGAUUUAGGGAGAGAUCUUGUUCGCAAGGAAAGCAUCGAACAUCCCGGAGAGCGUACUAG